CUCCAUCGGACGCCGCAGUCAUGGGAAACAUACACACCGUUGGACCGAACGAGGCCCUCAUCGUAUCAGGUGGCUGCUGUGGCUCCACGAAGAAGCGAACUAUUGUCGGUGGUUGGGCUUGGGCCUGGUGGCUAGUGACCGACGUUCAGCGUCUGUCACUGGAGGUGAUGACGCUGAAUCCCAUGUGCGAAAUGGUCGAAACGGCUCAGGGUGUACCUUUGACCGUGACUGGAGUGGCACAGUGCAAAAUUAUGAAGGCCGACGAACUGCUCGGUACCGCCAGCGAACAAUUUCUGGGCAAAUCGGUGAAGGAGAUUAAGAUGACAAUCCUGCAAACGCUCGAGGGUCACCUGCGAGCAAUCCUCGGAACACUUACAGUCGAAGAGGUAUACAAAGACCGCGACCAGUUCGCGGCUCUGGUACGCGAAGUUGCGGCCCCUGACGUCGGCAGGAUGGGCAUCGAGAUAUUGUCCUUCACGAUCAAGGACGUUUACGACGAUGUCCAGUACCUGCAGUCGCUCGGCAAGGCACAGACAGCGAGCGUUAAGCGCGACGCCGAUGCAGGCGUUGCUGAGGCCAACCGAGACGCCGGCAUACGUGAGGCCGAGUGCGAGAAGAGCGCGAUGGACGUGAAGUACUCCACCGAUACCAAGAUCGAGGACAACGCGCGUAUGUACAAGCUGCAGAAAGCCAACUUCGAUCAGGAAAUCAACACGGCGAAAGCCGAAUCGCAGCUAGCGUACGAACUGCAGGCCGCCAAGAUCCGCCAGCGUAUCCGUAAUGAGGAAAUCCAGAUUGAUAUCGUCGAGCGCCGCAAGCAGAUCGAGAUCGAAACACAAGAAAUCAACCGGAAGGAUUGCGAGUUGUCCGCCACGGUCAAGCUGCCGGCCGAGGCAGAAAGCUACCGUGUGCAGACUAUCGCCGAAGGAAAGCGCACACAAACGGUGGAAAAUGCCCGUGCCGAAGCGGAGCGCAUCAAGAAGAUCGGUUCAGCGGAAGCCCACGCUAUCGAGCAGGUCGGCAAAGCGGAAGCAGAACGGAUGCGCAUGAAGGCGAACGUCUAUAAGAUGUACGGUGAUGCGGCAAUCAUGAACAUCGUGCUAGAAUCACUGCCGAAGAUCGCCGCGGAAAUCGCUGCUCCGCUGGCAAAGACCGAGGAGAUCGUCCUGAUCGGCGGAAACGAUCAAACGACGGGUGACGUGACGCGUCUCGUCGGGCAACUGCCUCCAGCCAUCAAUGCCCUUACCGGAGUCGACCUAUCGAAGGUGCUGGGAAAGAUUCCCGGUGCGAAAGCAUAAUUGGCCGAUGGCCGCAUCUCUCGAUGAGAGAACACGCCCAUGCUAGGCCAAUAGCGUUGGGCAAACAAAACGAACAACACAAACAUCUGACGACAUGCAAAAUCGAAACUUUCAGCUUACCGGUGCAGUAACUGCAGCAUGCACUCCAUUUCCGGUGAAGCAAGAUAAUAUGUAAGAGUGUGGCCCUUUCACAAGUUUAAUUCCGAUACCGUUCCAAAUCGACCAGAAGAUGGUGCAAAACAAAAUCGAUCGAUAUUCUAACGAUAUUUACCGUUCUAUAAUUUGAAAUUUUAGAUUUCAAUUUUUUUUCAUUUAUAUUACUUAUUUUAUGGUAAUGGGUACUAACAUAUAUUGACAGUUAUCUAGCUUGUAUUGUAUAAUGUUCAGCCGCUUGCGGUUGUUCACUCUAAAAUUCUUUAUUUUUGUUGAUUGUUUUUUUCACAUGCUUAUAUCUCUUUACACACAUUUAUAUCUAUCUAUAAUCGAUAGAAAUAAGUUUUGAUUUCCUUUAUUGGGAUUUGGUUAUAAUACGAUUACCUCAAGUGUGUGUGUGUAUAGAUCAUAUACACUCAAUUUGUUGAUUUCAUUUAAUUUUCACUAAUGCUUAAACAAGCAUUUCGUGUAUUCUAGCACACGACCUCCCGUCGGUUAAACAUAGCGAAUGAAUCAAAGCAUACUUCUUCUUACCUUAAUCAUGAUCCCAUUUUGAAACGAUGAUUUUACUUUGUAAAUGUUUGUCGAAACAUAAAGAAACACCAAAGCUGACUCCAUAACACAUCAGCUCAGCAUGCACGAAUCUUUCAAGUAAAGCACUCUUGGUCGCGUAACCUGCGAAUGCGCGAACAUGCCACUCGCGAAAUCUAAACAUGGUAAAGAGCCAUUAGGUGCUACGACAGGCUACGAUCGGAAACGUAGAUAAAAUCGAAAUUCAAUAACGAUACAUUUGUCUAGGAUGUAGAACGAAAUUUUAUUCCGAACCAAUAGUGAAACCAGUGAGCUGACUAGAUGACCAGUGAGAUAAUUAGAUAAAUUUGGCUUUAUAGCAAUCGGUCUUAGGUGCAAUUACGUUCACGUUGUAGUCAUAAAUUUGUAUUGCUUGCAUUUUACCAUACCUUUUAGACAAAAGAAUGAAGACAAAUUAACCACGAUUUGUUUGCAAAUGGGUUACAAAGCCAAUACAGGCUUACAUGCAGUAGCAUUAUUCUGUGUCGCAAAAAAAAUUGCUGGUGCUCUUUUUGUUACAUUAUUCAAUGUAAAAUUUGCAUAAUCGUUUCUGCCACAGUAACCACCAGUGGGCCAGUGGUUCGUUGUAGUUAGUUUGAUGGCGUAAAUUUUGAGAAUGGAACCAAAACAACCACGGUAGUAUUUGCACAUAACACAUGCGUCCUACUGUAAAGCGUCCUGUCUCAUCUCCUACAGAUCGUAGUUGCUUUAUAGGAUACCAGCGAGGAAAGAAGUGUAGCGUACUGGUACUAGUUGCACUGCAAGAAAACCCCCUAAAACACAGCCACUUACUUUUGUCCUGCAGGGAACCUCUUACAUCUGUACAAAACCAUCCAACCAAACCAGCAUGUAGCGAACGAAGAACAAAACAAUGAGAAACAACCUCGAUCUUGACAAUGUAACAUAUAUAUUUACAAACACGUUUUUUCCUUCUUCCAUCGCUUUCGCAGAAGAAAUAAGAAACUCUCUUUCGCACUUCGUAGAACAUCUAGCCCUUCAGACACGUAGCGUAACAUUGACAAUGUCCUUCGAGCAGGCCAAGCAUAUUAGAAAUCUCGUCAAUACUUGCGUCCUCCUUCCGUCGAUCCCUUCCACCCUUCGGUCGGUUGUUUCCUGUAUCCCACAAAACGAAUCACAAUGGCAGUACGGAACACAAAACAUAGAAAACCCCCUUAAGAACGAUUGUAGAAGUCGUAACACAACACACAGAGAGCCGCAAGGAGUGUAGUGGAAAGUAUACAGCUAUCGUAAGAAAGUCAGCAAGCGAGCAAACAAAAGAAAAAUAACAAAGUAACAACAAAACAUAAAAUCAGAAAAUUGUAUAUUUUUUAUACUCCUUAUAUAAGAGGUGGGAUUAUUGAUAGUAGCAAACAAGAUGCAGAAGAUACAAAACAUAGCGAAACAGACAAAGUCACAACAGAGCCAUCACAGCAAGACGAAGCUAGAUCAACGUGUAGCGUAACUACAAAUGAGGGUAGGGUGUACAAUGAUAGAAACGAUGAUAGUCCAUUGGUGGAAUGGCAGUGCUUGCGCGGAGCGGCCGAAAUUUAGCAAAAAUUGCCAUAACUAUUUAACGUUUAGUAUUCAGUACCAUGUUAGUGCCGCCGACGGGGCGACGAACCAUAUGAUGUUUGGUAGGGAACGGCUUGACGGAAGAAUGGAAUCUCCGCACAACCGUACAAACGCAGUUGUUUUGCAAACUCUUCGAUCCUCCGACCGGGCGAUGAUCAGACGAGCAUUAAUUUCGUGUUAUCGUGAACCCGUGCAGGACGACGAUCUAAAACGAAUAGACUACAACAGAAAUAUUCUCGUUCGAUGCAUUUAACGAGCCAUCAAUCGUCCUGGCUAAGUUUUUGAACCAGCUCGCGUUGGAAUGAGCACACAAACAACCGGAUCCUGCACCCCCGACCGGAACCCGAACACUAGUCUCAGCCUUACAAUAAACCAAUAAUGCGAAGUAAGCAAAGCGUUACUUUCGUUUUCAUUUGUAACGCCUGUCCUGUGCGAAAUAUGUAUCCUUGUAAUUGAAAACAAAAAAGGGUAACUGAUCACUAGUACACGGCAUAGGGCCAGCAAAAACGAUAACAUGUUACCAAAGAUUGCGGAAAAAAAUGCCACAGAAUCAACCAGAUUUCACACCAGGACAUCCGGUGGCGGUGUAGUAGUGCUUUAAAUGAAACGAAAAGGGGAAAACCCCAUAACACGCAGCAAACCAACGUGAAGAGCUGCAGGACGAGAAAAGCGUCAGGCGAGCAACAAAAAAAGGAAAUAGAAAAGCGAGCAAACGUGAAGGUGUUAUGCACGAUUUUCAACGAUAAACGAAAUCGUUAACAGCAUAACGUGCUAACAUAAUUAAUAUUGUUUGCCGAAACGGAAAAACACAAACAUACACACUUACAAGCAUACACAAGGAAUUAUUGUAUUUAGCACUUUCUUGGGCACGUGACUAUGGCCAGAAGUGUUGCAAUUCACAUACACUCCAGGCUCAACCUCGAUCCCUAUCUCUCUUUCUCUCCCCUCUCUUUCUCAUUCUCUGUUUCUUGAUCGUUCGUCCUUCCGGAGUACGUAAACUGUUUGUGUAAUCGGUAUCUGUCUUUUUUUUACAUUAUAUUGUUCCGUGCGCGUCAUUAACGAAUACACACACACACACACAAACAACCAAACACAUAUAUGAAUAUAUUAUAAUACACUAACACGUUACAAGCAUGAGCGGUCCGUGGCGAGGCGACGAAAACCCCCCGUUGGCGUGUGGAUUUAGCGAACAUCCUCAUUUCCUCGAUCUUCUCACAUGUCGCGGCUCUGCAGAAGUGCGUUAGGUGGUUUGAAUCGGAUUUCCGUUUUCGUCCUCCAGCGCAUUUCAACCGAUCAUCGCGCAAAACCCUUGUAGCAGGCGCAAAGCCCUGAGAAAACUACUUCCACGCUAGGGCAGAUCGCGUAUGAGUCGCGGCAAAAAGAGAAACAUCCAUUAGCUCGUAUUUAUGGGAGGGUCUUGCACAGAUCCUGGGUUUUCUUAGCGGCAAGGAAAGCGCCUUUUCCAGCCAUUCUCCACUAUUCAGAAAGCACACAUUCUCAUUCUCGAAAUCUCGACAUGUGUCAAUACCGCUGCUUCGAGGCGUUAAGCGAAGGGCGCGUCCUUCGACAGCGCAAGUCCACAAAACCGAACUAAUGUUGUGCCGCAAAGCCCGAGCAGACAUAUAGAUGACUAGGAGGAGGUAGAUAGCGACCGCACGGCUGCCGGUGGUGACGAUUUCCCGCCAUGGCCAGUGCCAGUGGGAUUCAAUCGCACGUGUACCGGGUCCGCAAUAACCCGACCGCAUUAGCAGACAGUGUAUAUGAUGUUCUGAUUUCAAUAAAGUAUAACUGAA